CUCUGCUGUGCCGCGCGGAGGAAUCAUCGAGACUCGACAGAGAGGAUGAGGAUGGAGUUGGCUUGGGCGUGCGCGGUGGACCGCGCCACGCACAUCGCCGACUCCGCCAAGCGCUUCCUCCUCUCCUUCCGCCGCCCUCCGCCGCCGCACCCCGGCCCUAACCCCAUAGAUAUCUUGAAGCGGUUCCAGCGACAAGCAUUUUAUGACAUAAUGCAGUUGAGGGAGAGACAAGUGAAAGUUGAAAGAGUGCUUUCGUUGUACAAAGCGACCAAAGGUGGUCCUUUUGCAGAAGAAAGCACUCGGGUCAAGGGCGUUAUCAAUGUUGCUGGAUCGCUCACAAUAGAUAGCUCAGAAUCAGAUUCUGGUAUUAGUUCACGGUUUGUGUUUGAGACCACCGUCCGCGACAAGGAUUCCCUCUUUGCAGAGCUCGUUGCUGAUCAUAGAUACAUGUCUCAAGACAAUGAUCAUACUGGAAGCCCUCUUGUAUUGUCAAAUGAAACGUACCUGUCGAAUAUCAAUGACUCCUUUUCUGUUGCUGCUGUACCAAUAGGAGCAAGGUGCGAUGAUUUUUCAACCGAUCCAAAUCUCCGAGAGUUUGCUUGACAGGAACAUUGGCUGGCCGGC